AUGUCCCAGUCCUCCCUUCCUGAUGCCUCCGCCCAAGUCGCCGGACACUCCUCCGCCCAUCCCUCCAGCGCCGCCGAACUCGCCGGUCUUAAAGUAAGACUGCGCGCCGCCCUGCGUCAAUUCCCGGACUUCCCUUCCCCUGGCAUUCUGUUUGAGGAUAUUCUGCCCAUCUUCGCCGAUCCGACAUUGCACGAAGCCCUCAUCCGUUCUCUGGAACUGCACGUCCUCGCCAGCUACAAUGGCCAGAAGCCCGAUGUUGUCGUCGGCCUCGAGGCCCGUGGCUUUCUGAUCGGUCCCAGCCUGGCUCUGCGCCUCGGUGCUAGCUUUGUCCCCGUGCGCAAGCAGGGCAAGCUGCCCGGUCCUUGCGAGACCCAGGGCUACGACAAGGAAUACGGUCAGGACUUUUUCCAGAUGCAAUCCGAUGCCGUCAAGUCGGGCCAGAAGGUGAUUGUCGUUGACGACAUCAUCGCCACUGGUGGUUCUGCCUACGCUGCAGGCGAACUGAUCAAGAAGAUGGGCGGCGAUUUGUUGGGCUUCAUCUUUAUCCUCGAACUCGAAUUCCUCAAGGGACGCGAGAAGCUCUCUGCGCCAGUCUACACGCUUCUCACGGGCCAGGCUUAA